GUGAGGAGAGUAAUGACCAUCCUGUUCCUUACUAUGGUUAUCUCAUCCUUCGGUUGCCUGAACGCUGUCCCAAUGAAAGAAGCUGGAGAUCGGGGUGACAGCGCCUCGCUCUACCCGGGGUUCCGGCCCAGCGGGACACUGGAGGGGCUGGACGGCGGAGGGAGGGGAGAUGCCGGGUCUCCCCGGGGACUGGGGGCGUUGGCCCACACCGUCGAGCAUGUGCUGGAAGAGUUCCUGCAAGCAGAUCCCGAGGCUCGGCCGGGUGACCGCGGAGGAGGCGGUGGUGGUGGUGGUGGAGGUGGUGGACGGGACAAGGAGGCGGAUUUGUACUCGUCCAGGGUCAUGCUGAGCGGUCAAGUGCCUUUGGAACCCCCUUUGCUCUUUCUGAUGGAGGAGUACAGGAACUACUUGGAGGCGGCCAAUAUGUCGGCGAGGGUCAGGCGUCACUCCGACCCGUCCAGAAGGGGAGAGCUCAGCGUCUGUGACAGUAUUAGCCAGUGGGUGACCGCUGACAAGAAAAAGACCGCCGUAGACAUGUCCGGCCAGACGGUCAGCGUCCUGGAGAAGAUCCUCGUCCAGAAUGGCCAACUCAAGCAGUACUUUUACGAGACCAGAUGCAACCCCAAGGGUUUCACUAACGAAGGCUGCAGGGGGAUAGACAAGAAACACUGGAACUCCCAGUGUAAAACCAGCCAAUCUUACGUACGAGCGCUAACCAUGGAUGGUAGGAAAAAGAUUGGGUGGAGAUUUAUAAGAAUAGACACUUCGUGUGUAUGUACACUGACCUUUAAGAGGGGAAGAUAG